AGUUACUAGUUACAUCCUUCCUCAUCAACCUUCUAUUCACUCUCUCGGUUAAUCAAACCUCAAUUCUAUACUUAGAUUGACAAUUUCAACUGCAGAGGGAAAUCUUUCAAUCCAAAUCAACUUCCGUUCUCAUGGGAGUUUUUAUCAUCAAUACACUCCUGUUUUUCGGAUACCAACAUUUGCUAUUUCCUGUAAAAAGAAUUCUGCAAUAAGUGUAAGAUGGAGUCACAAGAAAAUAUGCCAACAUGUAUGUUGUUCGAUUUGAAAUAAACUCGUCACUUUUCCACGUGGAGUGACAAGAUCGAAGCGGUCCGGAUGUUCAUCAAUAGGGUCAAAUUAAAAUUGAGACUAAGAUAGACCCUCGAGCAUCCCAUUGUCCCACGUGGAGUCUUUCGAAUUUUCACUGACCUUUUUCUUUCUAGAUGGAAGUCAGAUUUGUCCUCCCACUCCCGCAAAUACAACCUCUCCCUGUUCUCCAAAAGGAACUCCUGUUGGUAAAUUGACUGUAAGUAUUAUUUUAUUCAUACCUCACUGCCUUGUUUACCUUAUUGGGAUGUCAUUCUUCUUCCGUUCCAAUCCUUCAUUCUUCCCCAUCUCAAACUUUAUAUUUCCAAUCUUCACACUUCCAAACUUAUUUGUGUCCAUCUUCACUUCUUCGCGCUCUGUAGCAGUGGCAACUUGCUCGAUCAUCACUGCUCCAUUCCUUCUCACUGUUCUGUUGCUAACUUCUUCUCAAGCGUCAAUCAUCUACUCGAACAAAGAUUACACUCCCUCCAUCGAUGACCAAACAGGAGUUCAAAGCAUUUUCUCAGCAAGUUGACAAUAGUUCCCUUGAGGAGGCCAAAAAUCAUCUUCAUAACCUAGUACCUAUCUUGCCUGAGUAAGUCUCACCUCUCUGCAUUUCCACCUCUUUAUCUGUUUCAAUCUCUAUUUUAUUUAUGCGUGAGAUAUCCAAGUGAUAACGCAUUUAUCCUCCAUUAUUGAGUUAUCCGCUUGAUUUCGAAUUAGCAGUUGUUUUUUAUGCUCCGUCAUUUGAGCCAUCUACUAACACAAGAUUUUGUGUUUUGGCCGAGUAUUUUGCCCGUUUAUACUUCCCAUGUUUAUUCCAGUUGAUGGUUCUCGAUCAACAAUUGCACUUUAAGUGCUCCUUGUUAUGCCUGAUUCCUCUUUUACCAUUACUUGCUAUUUUCCUGAAUACAAUAUCAGUUAUCGAGCAUAGCUAACCUGAAUAAUCAGUCCUGUGGAAAUCAACAACCGCAAAUUGGUAGAGCAAGAAGAGAACAAGAUCAUACAAGAGGAAAACAAGAAUAUUAGACGCGAUUCAGUUAUUUUCUUGAAGCGUCGCACUUCUGAGCGCAAGGUCAAUCUCGCCACGCCAACAUUGAAAAUCACAACCGACAGUUUUAGGAACUCACCAGCACUUUCUCCAGGGGCCUCCCGAACACCACCCGAUUCUGCUACACCUGUAGGAAUAACACCUCCAAUUUUGGGUCCAACUUCUGCCAUCAAUAUGACCGCUGCUUCUGGUACUCUUCAUUCCAAUGAAAAGCAACUCAACCAAGCCCAUGAUGAUCUAAUUACAGCAGGUCCUGAACCUGCAGGCGUCGCCGAUUCUGCUAUGACUCUCAGCGGACAGCACAGUGCAACUGCCCGAAGCCAAGUCAAUGAGCGUGUUGCUAGCAACGUUCUGACACCUUCCAGCGGAUCAGCUACGCCAGCAUCUCCCCGCCUUUCCAGCAUGGCUCAAACUUUUAGAUCUUCAGGAGUACGUAGCGCGCCACCCUCAUUUACCGGUUGGAGAAGCAAUCCAUAUGCUUCAAACAACGGAACCCCACCCGACUCCGCGGCAAGAGCAAUGGGGGUUUACCCUUGGCAAAGCCAGGGCGCUGGUUUGCCCAUUCCACCUGUGGUUCCAUCCCAUGGUCAACCAGUAACUCGUUAGUUCCUCCUUUCCUUCAUACUCAUCUUCAAAUACCCAGCUGCAUUAUCUCGCUUCCUAUUUCUCCUUCUACAUAUAUAAAAUUGCUUAUACUAAUAGGAUAACUCAGUGGAAUGGUUACAUAGCGCCCCUAUUCAGUCACCUUUUACAUCUCUAGCUGGUAGCCGCGAGACCACGCCCGAUCUUGUCUAUAGCAGUGAUGGCUCCGAGCUCGAAUUUGGCAAGAGAAAAGCUAAUGGUCCCGCAGAUAAAGAGCUUGGGCACAAGAAAAUCAAGCCUGAAGUUCCCUGUGCCGCUGGUGCUGGUGAUGCUGUUACUUCGUCUCCACAACAAUAAGAUACUACAAGGACAUCGGCGGCGAAGAUAGACCCCAUUAAUCGGACCAUUCACACUGUUUCAACUGAUUAGAUAUCACGUCUCAUCAACUAUUUUUGAUUACUUCACGACUUACGACCUUCUUUCGCAACUACAGCACAUGUUUCAGCAAUAUACCCCAGCGUUACGUAACUUACAUUCGAAGCCUCAUACUUCUAACGUCUAUAAUUUCAUCAUAUCAUCUCAGCAUCUACCAACCAUCAAAAUUCCAUCACAACAAAGCAGAAGUAACGAAUGACCAGCGUUUGUUUCAGGGUUCGAAUACGUCGAUGGAGUUGGAUUGUAGCUGUCUUUUCCUAUCCAUAAUCUACUUUGGUUUGUUUAUUCGAAUCGUGCAAAAUUGCAGGUGCUGGAUACAAUCAGGUGGAUAUUCCUCUACAUUCUACGUUUUACUUACAACUGUAUUUCCACAUGAUAAAUGGACAAAAUUAGAACAGCUCAAACAAGAUCAGAUAAAA